AUGGCUGUGCAAAGCUGCAACGUGGCUCCAAAUGCAAGACAAAAUAAGAAAACUAAAAAAAAUAAUUCACAGAAACGUAGAGAGCAAGUAAAACACGCCAUGAGGCGACACCGACAGAAGUUAUCAGAAGAACAACUGGAACAAAGGCGAAAAAAAGACAGAGAACGAUACAACCGAAAAAAAGAACAGGGAUUGAUAAGUAACAUCAAUGAAUUAAUACCUCGAGCUCAAAAAAUAAUAAUACAGCAGUGGAAAGAAAGACCGAAAAAAUAUCGUGAUAAGAAAAAAGCAAUGGAACAAAUUCGUCAACAAACUGAGGAUUUUGUUGAAAAUGACACUCUUCCAGAUAGCCCUACAUCUUCUAGUUCUAGAUCAAGAGCAGAGUCUGGUUGGAAGAUAGGAGAAAAGAACAAAAGACGUUUAAAAUUAGAGAACGUUUUGCUGAGAGAAAAACUGCGAAUAAUGGAGAUAAGACUGAAGAACAAAGGAUCACCUGAUGGAAUUGGCGCAACCAUAAAACGGACAGCAGAUCAAUCGGUAGCCAGAGGUUAUGACGUGGCUAAUUUUCAACAAUUGGUUCAAUGUUUGAUAAAAAACUGCAAGGGUGUACAAAUUUUACCUGUAGAUGAUGACAAUGUUGCGACCAUUGAACAUUUGCUGUCAAGAAGUUUGGCGCAAACGUUUAAAGGUACAUUCACCAUACACCAAGUAGCUUGGAACAAAAAUAGCCCGGGUCUUCUUAAUGCUCGAAAAUUAAGUUGCACUGAAUGUCAUCCACAUCAAAUCUGUCGACAUUAUGAAAUAGGUAUAAUCAAUACAGAAGCCAUUCGUGACAGCUUCGAUGAAGGUGAAGUUUUUCCUUCCUCGUCACAUAGUGAUCAUACAUUAGAUACUUCAGACAAAAAAACAUAUAAGAAAGCUCGCGCAUCAGAAAGCAGUUCUCCUCCUUGUACCGAAUCUUUAAUACGAUUUGAUAAUUCUCACUCAGUUCGUCGUAUUCUACAGGAACCCAAUCCUUUCCUAAUGGCUAGCUCGUCUAUUCUUAAAGAAAGAAAAUGCUCGACACUUUUUGAUGAUUCUGAGUGUAAUGAUAGU